UAAGAAUCCUAAAAUUCUAGAGAACGGUCACAUCUUAGAAAAUUUCAUAAUUCGAACCUGGCACACCUAAUGCAAUUUUAGCCAGCCAAUUUCUGAAUAAAAUGUCCGCAGCGUCGGAUCAGGAUCCCGUAGAAUUGAUGCUUAAGAAGACGGGCUGUAUAGAGCUCCAUUACAAGGUCCAGGAGUGUAUUGCCGAGACUGGUGACUGGCGGGCGUGCCAGGACAAAGUGAAGGAGUUCAGAGCGUGCAUGCAAAAGUACGUGGAACAGCAGACCCAAAAGUAUGCCCACGUCAAGUAGCAUUUUGCAGAAGUUC